GCUCAGGUGGAGAAAAGCAGGGCUAGAAUUGGAACCCAAAGCCCAGAAUGGCAAGAGAGGAUGUGGGGGCUCCACCCGAUCAUCUCUGGGUUCACCAAGAAGGAAUCUACCGCGACGAAUAUCAGCGCACAUGGGUAGCUGUGGUGGAAGAGGAGACAAGUUUCCUAAAGGCUCGAGUCCAGCAAGUUCAGGUUCCUUUAGGUGACGCAACUAAGCCAAGUCACCUUCUUACCUCCCAACUACCUCUCAUGUGGCAACUCUACCCAGAGGAGCGCUACAUGGAUAACAACUCUCGCUUGUGGCAGAUUCAGCAUCAUUUAAUGGUCAGGGGAGUACAGGAACUACUCCUUAAACUUUUGCCUGAUGAUUAACCUGGUGCUGGAUUUCUAGGAAGACACGCUCCUCUGUUCUAUUCAUUACAUGGCAAUCACUUCAUUCACCACUGCUGUGCUCCCACCCUUGAGCCUGAGGGGGGAGGGGGAGGAUUAGUUUGAAAAACUGAUCAAGAACAGAAAUGUUUAGGAAGGGUCAUGAAGAACAUUGCCAGUGACACUACAGAGAAAGGGUUACACAGGGCAGAAAUCAAGCCAACAAAAGCAUUUAGUCAGGAUGUGUAACUUGAAAUUGACUCCUUUUGGGAAUUGCCAUAGAACCUUUAAUGGACUUCAUCGGCUGAACCUAGGAUCUGGUGAAUCCCACAAAAAUCAGAGCAUGCUACAGAACAGAUGCCCUCAUCACCAAGGACUUGGUACUGAUUUAGAGAGAAGAGAGCAGCUUUUACAGCAUCAACAUGUAUUUGUCGCUUAUUUCCCCUGCAGCAAAUUCACCUGCUUUUCCUUAUUUCAUCCUGUAAAUAUCUGAGGUUUUGUUCUAGUGUUUCCCAUCCCAGUACUGACCUAAUUUGGAUCUACUGAGAACUUAAGGAGUUCUGGGAGAAAAAGGUUAUUUGUACUGAUGAAAUUAGCUGCAAAGGCUCCUAUGCCUUCCUUCUUUCUGAAACUGUGUCUUUGAAUUGUUUUUACACGUUUCUCAUCAAAAUUUUGUAAAUCUAAAUUAUUUCUUUAAUUAUAAUAUUUUACAUAUUUGGCAUCCAUAUGAGCUCAAAAGAUAAUGUUAACUUUAAUUGGCACCUUUCUCAAGAGGUAAUAGCAACUAAUAUUGCUAGUUCCUGGGAAAGCAUUUAUACUACUUGUGAAGAAUUUCCUGAAUUAAAACAGUCAUGACAGUUUA